CGGCACAUUCCUCGAGAGGGAGCGUCUAUAUAUUGAUGGCGAAUCCAUCCUUCGCCACCUUCCAUCCUAUUAUACGCUCUACUCUGCUCUACCAUCCAAGCACACAACGAUAGACAACCAUCGCUAACAUCCCAUCUACUUCUCAUUCUACCACUACCACUACCUACCACUACCAUCCACUAACCAACAUGUCUGGCAUCCUCCACAAGGUCAAGGAGGCUGUGACCCAUCACGGUCAUCACCAUGAAACUCCAAACAAGUCCCAUGCCGAACCUACCAACCAGACCUACAACCAAACCCCCACUACCACGCACACUGAUGGCUAUGGCGCUAACACCACCACCUCCGGUCCCUACCUGCACGGCGACGAGAAGCCCACUUACAAUGCCCCCAUGGGCGACGAUGGCAUCUCCCCACGGACCAGCACCGUCAACACCUCGCAGCCACAAAACACUGGCGACAAGCCAAGCAACGUAGCCAACAAGGCGGACCCGCGCGGAGACAACGAUAAGGCCAACGCCAAGGCAAAGGACGACAUCAGCCGAUUCUACGACGAGGUGCGACAGGGAAGUAUCGGCGGCGCGGGCGUGAUCCAUGCCUCGGGAAGCAACGGACCAACCACCACCAAGACGUUUGAUCCCCAGGCGAGUCUCGGCAAGGGUGGUGGUGCUCAGGUCCACUCGUCUUCGGCGGCGGGCAGUAGCUACAAUACCAAUGCGCCUGGUAGUGGGAGUGCGUCGCAGACUACCGGACCUCAUGGUAGCGAUGUCGCGAACAAGGUGGACCCGAGGGUGGAUUCUGAUCUGGAUGGCUCUCGCACUGUGGGUGCCCAGCGUGAUGGAUACUAGGUGCUUUGGUGAUGGUUGUGAUAUGAUACCCUUUUGAAAACACCCGGGGAUGAUUCCUUUUGUAGUUUAUCAGGUCUUAGUUUGUUGUCGUUGAAACUGUACAA